CUGUCAGUCAGGAGGAGCGGGGGGUUUAAAAGCGCGCGGAUGACGCCGCGGAGGAGGUUCAACCGACGGGACUUUCUCUCUGGUUGCUGUUGGUCGGUUUCCUGUUGGACGGAAGACAGACAGACAGACAGAGAGAGAGAGACAAAGGGAGACCAGCGAGAUAACCUACUCAUAUAUCCAGGACAGUGCAGCUCUAUUUCAGACGCAGCUUCCAAGUCAAAGCUCCCGGAGAGAAAGCAGCUGUCAGUCCGUGUCCCGCUGCGCCCUGCCCGGUCCCGCCUGCCCGCCUGCCUGCCUGGUUCGUCUGGGGCUCCCGGAAUCCGCUUUAAAAGACCACUGAACAGGGGAACAAUGAAGACGCUCCUGCCUCUGGUAAUCCUUCAGCUGCUCUUGGCUCCUGUGCUCAUGGUGCCCAGUGUGGAUCACUGGGACACAUGGGGUCCUUACGGAGAAUGCAGCCGGAGCUGUGGCAGCGGAGUGACCACUAGAACCAGACGCUGUAUCACCCACAGGACUGAUGGAGGACACAACUGUGUUGGACCGGACAGGUCUUACCGCACUUGCAACAUCCAGGACUGUCCCGAGGGAUCCAAGGAUUUCCGUGAAGAGCAGUGUGCCCAGUUUGAUGGCACUGACUUCCAGGGGAAACUCUACAAGUGGCUCCCAUAUUAUGGAGCUGAGAACCCCUGUGAGCUGAACUGCAUGCCAAGAGGAGAGAACUUUUUCUAUCGCCAUCGCAGCUCUGUGGUCGACGGUACGCCUUGUCACCCUGGAAGGAGGGAUGUUUGUGUGGAGGGAGUCUGCAAGCGUCUGGGCUGUGACAACGUGUUGGAGUCCACGCAGCAGGAAGACCCCUGCCUGCAGUGUGGGGGGAGCGGACAGUCCUGCUACCAAGUCAAGAACAGCUUCUCUGUACGCGACAUUCCAACUGGCUACAACCAGAUGUUCAUCAUCCCUGUUGGGGCCACCACCAUCAGCAUCAGAGAAACAGUGGCCACACGCAACUACCUUGCUAUCAAGAACCUGCGUGGUGAGUACUACCUCAAUGGCCACUGGGUAAUUGAGUUUUCCAGGGCGACACGCAUUGCUGGAACAAUGCUGUACUACCAGCGAGGAGCUGAGGGGGACAACGUCCCAGAAACCAUCAUCGGCCGAGGCCCCACCACUGAGCCCCUUGUUGUUGAGCUGAUCAGCCAGGAGCCCAACCAAGGAGUGGAGUAUGAAUUUUAUCUUCCCAAUGGACGCUCCAGAGAGGGCUACUACUGGAGCUUUGGAUCCUGGUCUUCCUGCAGCAGAGAGUGCGGAUCAGGCUACCAGUCUCGUUUGGUCUUCUGCACCAUUGAUAACGAGGCCUACCCUGACUAUCUCUGUGCAUCUCUGCCCAGGCCACAAACCAACCGCACAUGCAACUCCCACGCAUGCCCACAGAUCCGCAGGAUGGCGUACCUGUAUCCACCACAGUUGUGGGAAUCCUCUGAAAGACCCAGGGCCUAUUUGUUCAGCUGGAAAACCGGCGAGUGGAACACCUGCUCGGUUACCUGUGGUGGAGGCUCUCAGGUGCGCAGUGUGCAGUGCGUCUCCCAUGAUGCCGCUGGGCCCCGCGUGGUGGAGGAUGCCAUUUGUGCCUCCAACGCCGAGGCACCGCCCUCUCUGCAGACCUGCAACAUGCAAAAGUGCGCAGAGUAUCAAGUGACUAGAUGGAGCGCGUGCUCAGUGACCUGUGGUUCAGGUGAACAGACCAGGGAAGUCACCUGUGUUGGUUCAGCAGGAAUGAGGCUGGAGGAAACAUCCUGCAGCGCUCUGCUCCGCCCGACUGGCGUCCGACCCUGUGAGAUGGCGGCCUGCCUGAGACAGAUCAGCUGGCACGUGGGAGACUGGGGACUGUGCUCCAAGAGCUGUGGCUCCGGGUCCCGAGAGCGACAGGUGAUCUGCUCUGACCGAGAGAGGAACCUGUACCCUGUGAGCCAAUGUAACGCCCACCCCAAACCCUCCACCAUGGAGCGCUGCAACACCCAGUCCUGCUACAGUCCACAGGUGGUUCCCAGCAUCCAGGACACGCAAGGACACGACACCACACAGACUGUUUUCCAGCCCUACGUGCCAGACCACGCAACAGCCCGCCGACCAGAGACAGAUCCAACACGCACAAACACAGUCCAGGACCCUCACGGCUCGGCCCCGGCCCUCCACUGCAGCCAGUCCUAUUACGGCUGCUGUCCAGAUGGACGUACCUCAGCCGGGGGACCCCAGGGUCUGGGCUGCCCACAUGUCCCAGCUCCCCCACCUGCCCAGCCACACUGCGCCCACACCAGUUAUGGCUGCUGCCAAGACCGGCUGACGGCUGCUCAGGGCCCCAACAGGGAGGGCUGCUCCGAGUAUGCUGCCCCUGCACCCACUGCUGCUCUUUCUCUCCCCACUGAGAAUGCAGCACAGUGCCGUCUCACCACCUACGGGUGCUGUUAUGACCGCACCACACCUGCAGGAGGACCCAACGGGGAGGGCUGUCCCAGCACACCCAACCACAUUGAGCACUCCAUCUGCUCCCUGCCUCGUGCUGCCGGCUCCUGCAGCACCUGGACACCCCGCUACCACUACGACGUCAUCACUUCCAAGUGUCAGCACUUCUGGUUUGGAGGUUGCCACGGCAACAACAACAACUUCAUGACCCGGGCUGAUUGCCAGAGGGCGUGCCAGUCGCCUUCACCGAGCCAGCAGGGCACGGGGCCGCUCGCUUCCGCCGGAGAGCCCACUCCUAGAAGAGAAUCCACCCCUGGAAGCGCCACAUCUGGAGGAGGAGGCCCAACAAGUGCGGGGUCCCGCAACAUGGGGAGGAUUUUCACAGUGCAGGGAGGCACCGGCACCGGCAGACAGGCCACCAGUGCCGCCUCACAUGCCCAUAGAGCUAGAGUCCACCUGCGCCCCCGCAGACCUUCCCCUGCUACUGCUGCACAGCACAUGGGCCCGGCAGCGAGUUUGACCCUGGGAGAAGUGACCAUUGAUAAGACGGACCCCUCCACAGUGGAAGCUUUAGUGGGCCAGACAGUUGUGCUGCCCUGCCGAGUCAGCCCGACGCCGUCCUCCACUGUCAGUGUCCAGUGGAGAAGAGACGGCGUCCCUCUGUCUACUCACAGGCAUCACCAGCAGCCCAAUGGUUCCCUGUUAGUUGGUCCUCUGACUAAAACGGACUCUGGUUGGUUCCUGUGCGUGGCUACUCGUGAACAGGAGAGAGACCACCGCUACAUUUACCUGUCUGUCUCAGGUAAUGCAAACAGGGCUGG